AUGGUCUGGCUUUUAGUCACUUCGAUUGCUAGCAUCAGCCUCUUGACUCUACUUACAUGGCGCUGGUACUUCGCUGCAAUCAGCGAUAUACCAGGGCCGUUCGCGGCUUCUUUUACUCGCCUUUGGCAUAUGCAUCGAAUCCUAAGAGGCGAUCAGAACCUCGAACUCAUACGCUUACAUGAACAACAUGGUCACUUCGUUCGUAUCUCAUACGACGAACUCAGCGUUAACCAUCCAGAUGCCAUUGCGAAGAUUCUCGUAGCUCCUCUCCACAAGGCAAACUGGUACAAAAUCCAUGCCCUACCAGACUACCGUUUCCAAUCGCCCAUGAGCACCACCGACCCCAAGAAGAAGGUCGAAAAGUCAAAAUACAUAGCCGCGGCAUAUACCGUCUCCAACCUCCUCCGCUCCGAAGAGCACAUUGACCGUACCUUCGACGCCUUCCUCGACUGGAUGGACGAAUACGCAGCCGCGAAGAAACCAAUGCAUCUCAACACCUACAUAUCCUACCUAACCUUCGACGUAAUCGGCGAAAUCGUCUUCUCCAAACCCUUCGGCUUCCUCGCCCAAGGCAAAGACAUAGGUAACUCCAUCUCAAACUCCCUCGCUCUGAACGCGUAUAUCGCGGUAGCAGGUUACUUCCGCUGGAUCAACAUCGCCCUGCUAGCCAACCCCAUUAUGACAUGGCUGUCUAUCUUACCAAUGGGCCAUCUCUUCGACACUGUCACGUCUGUGUUGGCGGAUCGAGAGAAGAAUGAGAAUGCGAGAUACGAUGCAGUGCAGUACUGGUUUAAGCAGCAUGAGAAGUAUCCGGGUAAGUUUACUAUACGCGAGAUUGGUACGCAGGCGCUUGCAGCUGUGGGUGCGGGGUCGGACACAGUGGCUGCCGGGAUACAGUCUUUUAUUUAUCAUAUGAUUCGGCAUGAGAAUGCGUGGGAGCGAGCGCAUGAGGAGAUUGUGAAAGCACAGCUUGUUUUCGUACAAGCUUGCGUAAAAGAAGCGCUUCGCAUCUUCGGUCCAGUGCCCAUGGGUCUUCCGCGUAUAGCGCCUAAGGGAGGCUUGACGUUUGGCGGUCGCACUAUACCCGAGAAUACGAUCGUAUCAAUCAAUCCAUGGGUGAUGCACUACUCGAAGGAGAUUUGGGGUGCCGAUGCGCAUGUUUUCAGUCCAGAUCGCUGGUUAGCAGAGGAUAGCACUACGAAGGAGAAGUAUUGGAUACCUUUUGGUGCAGGUUACGGCGGCUGUCCAGGCCAAAACAUCGCUAAGAUUGAACUCGCGAAGAUCGCAGCGACGUUAGUCAGAGACUACAAGAUCAAGCAAGUAGACCCUACACAAGACUGGCAGUGGAAAGCCUACUUCACGGUUGUCCCGCAUUCAUGGCCAGUAUACAUCGAGAAGAGGGUAUGA